UCAUGGCGGAGUAAUCAGCUGUUAAUUGCAAUGCCAACGAAUAGUUGUAAAUUAUUUCGUAAUCGUCAUUAGUUCACUAUUUUAUAUAAUUUGUACUUAUUUUCAUUAUUAUUGACUCAAUUGUUUUAAGUGUAUAUAGUUUAACCUAGAGUUUAUAACAACAAAGAGAAGAAUGGCGCGAUGUCCUAUGUCAUCUGUCAGCCAGCCCAGCUUCAUUCAUCCAUUGUAGAGCAGAAAAAAUGUGACUUGUUCGCUUUGUAAUUAUGUUUUUAUAAAUUUAGUGCUUCUUGAACAGUAAAUACGACUGCUGUAUGAGUUUUCAUGUAUUUGGGAAGUUUUUGGUUGCCGUAUUGUACAGGAAAAACAUUCAUAGUUUCUGUUUGAGCGUCGUUUAUCGGGCCUAAGAAAUCGCCACUAGUAUACAAAGAAGCCGACGCCGCACGCGUUGGAUCGGUGUUUUAUUUGUGGAAUAAAAAGUUGUGGGCUGUGGUGAGUGGCAAAAGAGGAUUUCUGUGUUCUGUGGUGACUGUCGGAAGAAGAAAAUGUCAGGUCGCGUGAGGAAACAGUCGGACUGUCCGGUAGGCAAGCAGGGUCCGAUGCGAGCCACCCUGCCGGUCUCCUCAGUGAUGAAGCAGAGCGGGGGGCUCAAGAAGAACUCCAGCAACAGUCCGACGCUGUCGCCCACCAACGUGUGGCGGCGGAUAUCUCCAGAUCACGCCCUAUCGGGGCAGCGCAGUCCGGGAGCAGUCAACUAUAAAGGCAAGGGUCGGUUUGGAGCGAGUGUAAUCAGACGCACAGCAUCUUUGGACACAUUAUACCACAAAGGACAAUGGCCCCGGGACUACUACUUGCAUGCUAGUCAACUACAAGUUGAUAAAUCUACUCAAACGGACGAUGGCGGCGGACAGUCAGGGCGGUCGUCGCGCGGCUCUGACGACGACAAGCUGGACCGGUUCCUGCGCAGCCGCCUGCAGCGCCCGCACAAGCCCAGCGCCUCGGGGGACUACUCCACGCACACCAUGAGCCCUGGAUUCUGGUCACGGUUUGGUAGCGGCAGCGUGCCCCUGAGGGCGGCGCGGUCGUCGGUGGAGGGGCUCAACCAGGAGAUAGAGCGGCUCGUGCUGUACCCCGCCAGCGGCACGCAGACGCCGCAUCUCGACCGGCUCAGGGACAAGGUGACGCCAGAAGGGCACCGGGCACCGCUAGCUGAACUCCUUCGACGCUCCGUCAACACGCAGACUCCACACGACUUACACACCGCACACUCCUCAGGCGGCAGUGUGUGCUCAUCUCCCGACCUAGACGGGUCGAAAUUGGGAACGUCACCGCAAAUAAACCGAUUCUUAGCACGCGAACCUCCAGAUGGUUGUGAAAAGGUUAACCUAAAAGCGGGCGAGGGCGCGUGCCCGGAGCCGCUGUCGGUGAUGAAGCUGGCCACGCCGGGGUUCACGCUGCGGCCGUCGCUGGGCUCGGCCUUCCAGCCGCUGCAGCCGCAGCCGCCGCCCUGCCCGCCCGCGGACCCCGAGCCGCACUGAUGCCCGCAGCCACGCUGCACGUUCUCAUAUACUAUCCGACACCGUACAAUAAUUAUACUAUAUAUAGAAGGGAAGGGGACACUCCGCCUGGCACUCAACUGUGCUAUCUAACUCCGCCCACGAUUUGGGUACCCACUUUAGUAUAAGACGUAAGGAGCAUGCGCGGAAUUUCUGUCUCGCUAGCAUGAACGGGGUAAGGCGACACACACACACACAAAGUGUAUAAAAUAUGCAUAUGCGUAAAGAACCUGGUUUUUCUAUUGGGUGUCGGGGUUCUCCGACACGCCAUGUAUACGCCACGUGCUAUUAGUCUUACGUCUUUGUCAGGGUUCAACUCUUUAUUUAAAAAAAAAUAUAUAUUUAAAGCAUAAUUAUUGCUUCCUGUGCAGGAGUUGCUCAGGUACACAGACCUGAGGUCAUUGACCUUUCAUUCAUAGUAUGACAUUUGUAAUCGGGACAGCGCCUGUAGACUUCCUGUCCUGUAAAAUGUUAAAUUCGAAUCGAACCCAUAAGUAUAAUGAAAGAAAAUUCCAGUUACAAUAAAACAGGCGAUUAUAGUUUUUUUCUAAGUGCAAAUUUUCGAUGAAAAAAUUUUCUCGAUUUGUAUAUAUUUUAAAAAUACUAUAUGUAUUUAUUAUUCGUUUACUGGCCUAUACAUACUUAUAAAGUAUGGUAUAAGUUUAUCAACCACUGCUUCUGUUAAGUUUAAUGUUGUACUAGUGUAAUAUCUUAUUGAUAUCAUUACAUUAGGUUUUAUUAUAACCCCAUAAUAAGCCGUUGCGAAAUUGGUAGCGCGAAUAUUACCAGUGGCGGGUUAAUUCUCAUCGUUAUAUUUUUUUUUACAAUGCGGACUUAUCAAAAGGAAAACAAUACAAUGAACUUCAUUAUUUUAUAAAUUGGACAUUUCAUUUAUUAAUUCUAUUAUUGACAACGAUUCUGAAAACGACAUAUCAAUGCAUUAUUAUUGUUUAUAGUUCACGGCUAUUAUUAUUUUUAUUUAUCAUAGUUUUAUUAACCUCAAAUAGGUGAUUUCUUCUUUGCAGUUACCUAAUAAUUCCCUUCUAUAACGCUAUAGUAAAUUUUGGAUUAAUGUUGGAUAGUGUAUAGGAACCUUAGUAUAGUACUUUGUUAGUACCUGGCUACAGUACUGAUGAAAUGUUGUUACAAGAUCACGCCAGGUGUCGAGUAUCAGGAGAUACAUCUUGUUAAUCCUUUAUUGUAGGUGUUCGUAUUGUACAUCUGAAUCACUGAAUUACAGUGUCGCGACAUUAGAAUAGAAACCGUAAUUAUAUGUGCUUAUAUUUCUAGCACAAUAACAAUACUCUUCCUCAUCUAAACUUGUUAAAACACUCGUCAGUGAUGUAUAUGUACAACACGACACUUGAUAGACAGCACUGCAUUUGCAUAAGUACUACACUCUUGAUCUAAAUAAAUUGAAAUGCAAUUUACAAAUUAUAAAAUGUGUUAACGGCACUCAACUCUGGAUUUUUCUAAACUUAAUCUGCUGUGACAAUAAUAAUUACCUAAUUAUUGUUUAAACUUCUAUUGGGGAUGCCCAAUCCUGCUAGUUUUGGAUGUAUGUCAAUUUCCAUUAUAUUGUGAGUGAGAAUAAGAAAUUCUAUGUGUUUGAUAAACUUUCUUCGAACGUUAUGUGUUUUUCGAUACAACCAAAGCAAUUGAUUACGGCUCCCGACUGGUACAUUAGUUAAACACACCAAUGUGAAAGCUGUAAUAUUACAACCAAAAAUGCGGCAAUGUAGAGAACUUUGUAUGUAAGAUAAUAUCUCGAUAUGUUGCACUGAUUCCAUCUUACACAACUGUAAGGAAAUUAUUUUUUUAAUAAGUUUUAUUUUAGUUACAUUGUAUGCAUCAUUCAUUAUUACUAAAUCUGACGAUACGACUGGUUAUAUAUUUGAUCUCAUUUUAUGUAUUAUAAUUAUGUACAUAACACAUCGCAAAUUGAGAAUAUGAAGUGUUUUGCGGUUUUCAAUUCUCAUGGUAAGGUUUUCAAUUUAAUUACAAUGUGAGGGCAUUCACCUCGGACCAAAUUAUUAGAAGGCCUGAGUAUCUUAUACCAAGCAAAGGUAACGGAUAGGACGAAUUUCUAAUUGAAAAGCUUUAAAAUGCGGAAUUUGAUAGAGAAUGUAAGAGAACAGACUGAAUUUUUUAAACUUUACUCGUACUUUGAUACAGGUAUCUUGACAGUGUUUGCUGUAGAGUAUGAAGUGAAGUGCCUAUUGUGUUGUGACGUCAUCCAAGUAGAGUACCUCCCGGCGGCCGGCGCCGCGGCGCGACACGUGUCACCAUAUCUGUAUCAGGUGGAGCGGGUACACACGGUAUUUGUUUUAUAUCAUUCGUUUAUAUGAAGAUGGACCAUGCCAGUUGGAUCUCUCUUGGCCAAAAAGCAUUUUAGCAUCGAGACUGAUAAUGUAAAAUGUUGACAACUUACACAAAGUAGUUAGAUCUGCUUUCGGACUAUGCAAUUAUUUUUUAAAUCUUUAUGUAAAAAUUUCGACGGCAAAUAUUAUAUUUUAGAGGCUCACCUUUGGAAGAUAGAGUAUUUUAAAAUCUUUGAUUGCUCAAAUCAAAAUUUUUAUUAAGAGCCACUCUUAUAAUGUUACACGCCGAAUUUGAAGAUAUAGACAUUGUGAUUGUAAUAUUUCGAGUUUCAGAGUUAUAGAACCUAUUGAUAAACUGUAAAUGAAUGUGAUAUGUAAGCGAAUCGUUUGAUUAUGAGUAUGUUGACUGUGGCUUGACAAUUUUCGGUACUGACUGGUGACUGAGGCUAGUGCGAGCGCAGUACCCGGGGGCCAGUCUAACGCCCGCGGCGGCGCGUGCGCACUACAAGCAGUAUUCUCGAGUUGUGAAGUGUAUUGAAGGUGCUGAGUAGUGAUACGAAUGUACAGUAAAGACUUGUGACAACAGCCCGGUGUUCAGGACCUCUAACAAUAGUGGUAGCUAUCUGAACCGUUCAUUGUACCUCUAAUUGUACCACUAAUGGGACAAGCGAUCAAAAAUUAUAGUGUUUUAAAGUAGCCGAAGUAUUUUGAUAUUACGAAAACGACGUGAUACAUCAAUUAUGUGACUUUUUGUAUAUUUUCAAAGCCAACAAACAUACCACUCAUCGUUAGUAUUUAAUAUGUAUAAUGAUAAUGAAGCUGUGGAAAAAAAGCAAGAAAAACCGAGCCAGUAUUUAAAAAACCGGAUUUCUGUGUAGAGUCUCAAAUAAGUGCAAUAUUUAGCCUAUAAUGUUGAAGAAAUAUUCUUGUAAACAACCCACUAUCGCAUCGAACUCCAAAAUAAUGUUUAUUUUAGUUGCUACGAAUGCGUUUUAUGUUGUACUUGUCAUCCAUUGCCUCUGAUCCCCGCUACUGCAUCGCUUCCCCGCUUCAGAAACAAUAGUACAUAUGCUUUACUAACAGUGUAAUUAGGAUUACGUCACAGGUCCAGGUUGUAAUUUAGGAUUUAUGUGUAAACCUCUCCCAAUGUCGUUACCUAAUUUAAGGUUUAGUAACUUGUAAUAAAGUGGCCCGAAAAUUAUUAGCUGUUAAUAAAUGUGUGCUAUAAAAUGUCCCCUUACUAUUAAUUUUAAAUGGAACCACUGAGUUGUGGAUACUGAUCUCUGUGUGAAAAUGUCUUAUACUGUACAUUAUCAUCUGGACUGUUGUAGUUGUUUCACAGAAUAAAUUAUACAGAGCUUUAUAAGACAUGUUUACGUAGCAGAUGAAAAGUUUUUUAAAGUACAUAAAUAUUUUUGUAUGUUCAGGGUAGGAGAGACAUGCGAGAUGUACCAUAAAGUAACUUGGAUAGGAACUUAGAUUUGAUAGUUCUUUUAUAGAUGGUUAAUAUUAUUUUAAAGUUUGCUUUUAGAUGAAUGGAUAAGUUUGUAAUUUUCAUUACUAUGAUAUUAGAAUAGAAUACUAACAUUAAACUAAACCAAAAGUGCCCAUUGAGAUAAGUUUAUAAUGAAGGCAAGCCUUUUGUUUGGCAUUUUGUUAAUGAAUAAUGUUUAGGCGACAAAAUUAGGAAAUAAGAAAAUUAUCGAAGGAUUGUUGAGUUUGUUAUCUAAAAUUGUUGAGGUUAUUGAUAAAAAAUUCAUUUAGUUUUUUUACAAUGCAAUGCCCAACAAAAGGCUUGUUUAUUUAGAGGCAUUAAUUAACAUCAAUAUUAAUAGUAUCUACUUUAAGUAAUAAUAAGAAUGAUUUUAUUAUAGUUUUGUUUCAGAGAAGAAAUUCUAAUUACUAUUUUUGUUUCCAAUAUUUUAUCACUUUAACCUGUUUUCACUGUAAUGUAUCUUGCUGUAUUGCAGACAUAUCCAAUAUACAGACUGAUUUAA